CAUAGAGGAUGGUUUUGGGGGAGCGCUUGGUUUUCUCCAGCGAAAAAGAAGGGAACACUGCUUUUGGCCAUGGGGAACGCUUGGUCUGCUCCGGAGAGAACGAAGCUGCGCAAGAAAAUGGCGGAGCAGCUGAUGGACAAAGGGAACCCUAGCCUCCCAUGGGAGCUGAUAGUGGAGAUUCUUUCAUGGCUGCCGGUCAAGUCGUUGGGCCGCUUCAGGUGUGUAUCUAAGCCAUGGAAUGCUCUCAUCGCUGACCCUAAUUUUAUCAAAAUGCACUUUAACAAAACUUCUGAGAACGAUGAUGUGUUCUACCAAAGACGAAGACUCAUCUUCAAUGAGCCAGGUUGUUGUUCCCUUUACUCUGUUAACCUCGACCAGUUAAUUCUGAAUCAGAAUAAUGAUCAUGGUGCUGAUGAUUUGAUUGCCCCUGAGGCCCAAUUGGUUUGCGGUGACCUACCAUCUUACAGGGUUGUAGACCUGUUUUACUGUGAUGGUUUGUUGUUGUGCAAGCUAGCUGAAAUGCCAAUGACGAUAUAUCUGGUUAACCCAACUACCGGGGAAUCCGAGGAACUGCCAGAGGCACCAGAUAAUAUACAACACCUGGGUUUUGGAUUUGAUCACUCCACUGAUGAUUACAAGGUGGUUUCUGCUGUGUUUUACGAUAUGCUUGUGUUUUGUGUCUAUUCGUUGAAAACCGGUUCAUGGGAAGAGCUUGAGUGUUCACUUCCCUAUUCUGGGGCAUAUACCUUUCAUGCUGUCCUGCUCAAUGGAACUCUUCAUUGGAUAAUGGAAACACCAGACCAGACAUCCAUGAUUGUAGCUUUCCUUUUAGAAGAGGAGCAAGCUGGAGAAAUUCCUUUGCCGGUUGAGUAUUCCAGUGAUGCGGGAGAUUGUGUGUUGGGGGUCUUCAGGGACUGCCUAUGUUUAACACAUUGUAGUGAUGAAAGAACUUAUAAUGAGUUUUGGGUCAUGAAUGAAUAUGGAGAGGGGCAGUCGUGGACUAAGAUAAAGAUCUCCAUCCCUUAUUCCGAAUUAUCACUGUCAGGUUUUUGGAAGGAAAAUCAUGAUCUGUUGGUGUUCCAGAAGCAAUUGGUUAUGUACAAUUUUAAGGAACAAGGCUUUUGCAAUCUAUCAAUCCCUGGAUUUCCCCAUGUUGAUUGCAUAGGAACCUACUUGGAGAGUCUUGUUUCACCGAAUUACUAUGGCAUUACUGAUCGAGAACUUUAAGCAUAAGGCAAAUGCAGAUAGAAGAGGGGCAGAUCUGUUUUCUCCAGAAGACAUUAGGUUCCUUUUCUGGUUCUAGAAGAAAUUAUCUUGAAGACCCAAAAAUUGGUUGGUUUGGCUGGCUAUCGUAGGAUGUACCGGGCAAUUGGAUUAUCAAGUGUCAUACCUGAAGGCCCAAGUUUGACUGGCCCAGCUCCAAAAACAACUGCAAGUCAAGUCCUGACGAGUUCUGCCCGGAGUCUGACUCAGCAUUAACACACAACUUACAUUUUGUUAAGACACGCAGGCCACACUUUCUAGUUGUUCCCGAGGAAAUGUGGCUGGAAAAAAAUGAGGGAGCAGCUGAUGGAAACCCUAACUUCCCAAAGGAGAUAAUAGGUGAUGGGCUGCCAGUUGUUGUUAUGCCGCUUCAGUCAGAAUCUUUCAAUUUAUGGAUUUCCCAAAGUUGGUAGAGCUGGGAUGUACAGGGAGAGCCUUGCUUCACCCGUUACCUUACGUUAUUGAAUGAGAAUAUUAAGCAUGAGACAACUGUAGAUAGGAGAGGUAAAGAAGGUAAAUCCACUCAAAUCUCUUUCUAGACUUUCUUGAAUGUUAAAAAUUGUUGCUGUAUUUUUGGUGCAUGACUGAAUAAGGUUUUAAUAGUUCUACCAUUGUUUGAUGGUCCCUGUGUUGAAUACAAAUGCUUAGCUUGUACUUUGACUAAAAGGAGUCGGAAGAAGUUGCUUCGAUCACCGCACAUAUGAGCUUACAUUGUUUUGUUAGAUGAAUUUUUGUGGUUUUAGUUUUGUCAUGUCAGUUUGUUUCAGCCUGGAAAUUAUUCAAAGAUAGUAUAAAUAUUAGGCAGGAUUUGUUAUGCGUUUUUUUGUCACCAUUAUACUGUAGUAUUUCCGAACAUAAUAAUGUUUUCGUGCCAAAUAUUUAUCUGCUAAUUUUUUUUUCCAUGAUUUGACUUUCCUUUUGUCCUUCUAGAGCUAGGUACUCAAUAGGAAACAGCAAAUUUUUGGGAAUGUUUUGAAGUGCUUAUGUUUAAGAACUUUUGCUCAGUAGCACCUUUUGUUAGAGGCACAUAGAAAGUUUCCUCAAAUGCUCAAGUGGUUUUGCAGAUUCACUUGACAAUGCUUUCGGAUAAGGAACCUAUUAUUGUUUCUUGAUCAGGAAGCACUAAAAGUUUCUCCAAAAAGAAUUCUUAUCUAUUUUUGCCGAAGAUUAACCGUUUUAGGUAUCUAAAAGUUUCUUUCAAUAUAUCAAAAGCACAUCCAAACAUACCCUUCUUGUUAGAUGUGGUAGCUGGGCUCAUAGAUACAAGUCCUUGAUGUUAUAUAUUGGCUAGCCUCGUACUACUCACAUCUCUCACUCAUUUUGGGUGUUUCUGUUAGAUUGGCUUUGUAAGGAAAUCAAGGAGUCAAAAGAAUCCUGUUGUGAAUUCCUGAGACGUUGUCAUUGCUUUUUCCUUUUUACCUUUGGCUUUUAAUAAGUACCUCAUGUCAUUUAUUCCUGGCUCUUGUACUAGUCAUGGCCAAAUUUUUGGGGAAUGAAUUUUUUCUAUUGUAGGUUGAUCAUCCUUUAUUCUUUAUUUUCAUCAAUGAUUUUGCUAACUGAUUGCAUGUAAUUUGUUGAGGAAAUGGUGGAUUGUCCUCCCCUGCCAGCGUGGUUGUUUUCAUCACUUGCACCCUUGUCUCGUAAGGGGCAAAUAUGGAUUCACCAUAGGAAAUGAGCUUCAAGACUCCAGAAGUGGUUGGUUUAGCUAUAGUAGUGAUGUACAAGAACAAAACUUUUCUCAUAGUUCUCUGUAACACUCAUUUCCCAUUACAUCUUAGGGAUUCAGAUGAAGUGAUUCCAAAUGUUUGAAUCCAGUUGACAAUAUGUUUACAUUGUUUAUUUAUACUAUUACAGUCCAUGUAUCAGAAGAAUAAAAUAAAUGAAUUUCAAAUGAUUCCGUGCA